UAAUCUCUUUCUUAUUUCUCACCAAACAUUCAUCUCUCUCUCUCUCUCUCAAACUUUCUUCAUCUUUCUUCAUUAUCUACUUUGAUUCUUUUUUAGGUUUCAUGGGACGUCUAACAAAUCUAAUUGGCAUAAUUAAAGACAAGGUCUCUCAAAGCAGAGUGGCUAUGGUCUCCAAUCCCAGAACCCUAUCUCUUCACCUUGCGGUUUUACGCGCCACAACUCACGACCCAUCUUCACCUCCUAAUAAAAAACACUUAACAUCCCUUCUCGACUUCGGCCACAGCUCACGCGCCACCGCCUCCGCCGUCAUCGAGACCCUCAUGGACCGCCUCCAGACCACCCGCGACGCGUCAGUGGCCAUCAAGUGUCUCAUAACCGUCCAUCAUAUCAUCAAACAUGGAAGUUUUAUUCUUCAAGAUCAGCUCUCGGUGUACCCUUCCACAGGCGGCAGAAACUACCUUAAACUAUCGAAUUUUAGAGACAAUUCUACCCCUCUUACGUGGGAACUCUCUUCAUGGGUACGAUGGUACGCUCUUUAUCUCGAACAUGUUUUGUCCACUUCCAGGAUUCUUGGUUUCUUUCUUGGUUCAAUUUCAGACAAAGAUAUUAAUAACGAAGAGAAAGUUUCAUCUCUUAUGAAUAAUGAUUUGCUUAGAGAGAUUGAUUCAUCGGUGGGUUUGCUUGAAGAGAUGUGUAAAAGGCCAGAUUUUUUACACAUGCAUGGUAACAAAUUGGUUGAAGAGGUUAUGGGAUUGGUCGAAGAGGAUUAUUUGUCGGCGAUAAACGAAGUUUCGAUUCGACUCAGUGAGUUUAGGGAGAGACUGAGUUCGUUGAGUUUAGGUGACUCGGUUGAAUUGGUGUGUGCUAUGAAAAGGUUAGAGAUUUGUAAAGAGAGGUUAGAAGUGUUGUCGAAUAGAAAGAGGGUGAUGAUUGAAACGUUUUGGGGAAUGGUGAAUCAACUCAAGGAUGUGGUGGGGAAGGAGAAUAAGUACAGAGAAGAGAGAUCAGUGACUGUGAGAAGAGAUAAAGUGAGUGAGUCAGCUCGGUUCGGGGAUCGAGUUAUGAAGUAUGGUGGUCACUCAGUCCGAUUCUCGUCAGGAAGAUUUGAAUUGAAUAAGUUUCCCGUUCUUGUUCUAGAUUCGGUUCAAUCAUGUGCAUAAAGUUUUUCCAGAAUUUAAAGUAAAAGUUGAUGUUUAAUUAUAGGAAAUACAAAUGAAGAAAUUUUGUUAUUUUCGGAAUUUGAGUAUGAAUUGGCAUUUAAGAUAGAUUUGUAAAUUAAAGUAAUUAAUUAAGAUGUUGUGUAGUUGACCAAUAAGGCGGGAUCACAUUUGAAUAAAUUAAUUCUUCUACUUUCUUUUAACUUUGAAUAAUUUUAUGUGUUGUAGAUAUCCAAAAAUUGAUUUACUUCAAUUGGUUUUGUUUAUGUUUGUUUACUUCAUGGUCGGUUUAAAGAGAGCAAAUAAGAAUGGAUGUCCAGGAAAUCUCAUGGCAAUACUUUAUUAAAAUGAAAGUCAAAAGACAAUU